AUGCAUCGUUGGUUGACGGUGCCCAAGGUACGAUGCUACUCUAAAUCAGCAGAGUCACACGCUUUGGAUUAUUCCUCUCGAAAGGAAAUCAUCUCACAUAAUACCAGCCACUUUUAUCCGUCUCUUUCGCAGCUUACAGCCGCUACUACAACAAUAGCUCAAUUUAAACAGAAGUACAGUGCAUUAGAAGCAGAUGAACCGCUCAAAAUAGAGACAUUGCGUGCUCGCAUCAACUCCAUCCGCCUUGCGGGCAAAAAUAUGUGCUUCAUUGAUGUCUCGCAUGCUCAAAAUUCCAUGCAAUUUAUCCUAAAUUAUAACAUCAUGAAGACUCAUACUCAAGCCACAACUGGUGAUCAGUUCUUUCAGCAUGUUUUGAAUCUAAAGCCCGGAGAUCACAUUCAAGCUUGCGGAUUUCCAGGACGUUCUCAGCGGGGACGUACUUUGUCUUUGAAGUGUACAGAGUUGACUCAGAUGCUUGCUCCUGCAUUACAUGCCGUGCCGCCCAAAUUGUCAGAUCCCAUAAAACGCAAUGAAAAUCGGGUUCUAGACUAUUUGGUUAAUGGUUACGAUUCUUUAGUUGUACGCCACAGAGUCAUUUCAGCCUUACGCGAGUUCCUGAACGAUCGAGCGUUUCUUGAAGUUGAAACACCCAUACUCUCAUCCAAGGCUAAUGGGGCUGCUGCAGAGCCCUUUUCUACUCAUUCCAAAGCCACUGGAAUGGAUCUAGAACUUCGUGUAGCACCAGAGCUGUGGCUAAAGCGCCUGAUUGUAGGUGGCAUGGAUCGUGUUUACGAAGUAGGCAAGGUGUUUCGUAACGAGGGCAUCGACGCUACGCAUAACCCUGAAUUCACCACCUUAGAAUUCUACCAGACGUAUGCGUCAAUGGAACAACUAAUCAGUAUAAGCGAAGAGCUUUACCUCCAUGUUCUUGAUAGAGUGGACACCCGCAGCUCGAGAGAAUUGAAAAAGGACCUAUUACAGAAUGGCGGGAGAUUCAACCGCAUAGAAUUUCUUCCUACACUACAGAAAGAGACCGGUUUGGAUUUGAGUAGUAUAGACCUGACCAAUUCGGAGGAAAUUUGCCGAGUGGUGGCUUCUAAAGGGCUUCAUAUCGGCGCCAGUGAAAAUUCUCCACAGCAAAUACUAAACGCUUUAUGCGCAAAGUACAUUGAAGCUAGGUAUUGCAUGGGCACAGUACCAACGCUGAUUUUUCACCACCCUACUGUAAUGUCGCCUCUCGCAAAAGGGAACCCUGUCGAUAACAUGCUGACUACCAAAAGAUUUGAGGUUUUUAUUGGUGGCAAAGAGUACAUUAAUGCAUAUGAGGAAGAGAAUUGCCCUGAGUCGCAGCUCCAAAAGUUCAUACUACAACAGCAAGCCCAGAACAAGUACGGUGAUGCAGAAUCGCUCGCUAUAGACCGUUCUUAUGUAGAGGCGAUGAAGUGGGGAAUGCCCCCCAUUGGUGGCUUUGGUCUGGGAAUUGACCGUUUGUGUAUGCUUUUGACCGGAAGCACAAGGAUUGAACGGGUUUUAACCUUUGGCGCGAUUGAUGACAUUGGUCGCCAAUAA